GAGACCGGAAAGAUGGACGGGGUACGGCUCUCACCCGAGGCAUCUGUUGAGGAGGUGCCCAAGGCCAUUUCGCAGGCCACGGAGAAGCCCAAGAUGGAUGCUGUCGAGCCGGUGCCCUGUGAGGAGCCUGCGAAGAGCGUGGACUUAGAGGCGACAGAGAAGCCAAGGGAGGCGGAGGUCACUCAGGCUGUCUUCCAGAAGAGCGUGGAAGAGCUAGAGGAUCUGCGCCGUGGCCUCCAGGCCAAUAUCUCCGAGGAGCUUGUGGCCCGACUCGCGCAAGCCCUCCGACAGGAGGCCUCAGUUGGGACUCUCAGCGAUGCCGGUGACGUGUUUGCUGGAGUGGACCCAAUGCUGGGCGUGCCUGUGCCGGUGCUGCCAUGCUUGGGACAAGGUAAACCCGGGCUGCCAGGGCAAGAGGCCUGGAGAACCUUGCCAUUUGGAAGCGCCUUUGACUUCCAGCCGCCCUUCCAGCCAUUCCAACCGCCGGAGCCACCGGAGCAGUUGCUUCUGCCGGUGGGAGAGGUGGCAGAGGUGGCGGGGACUCUGGACAGCGCUGGUGCAGCUGCUCCGUUUGGAGCAGUGCCAGCCACCCCCGGCUUGAAGACAGAGGCGGUUCAAGAGGAAUCCUCCAAACCUUCGCUGGGCCCUGAGCCGAAGGACGCAUCCCUCAGCCGAGUGCUCAGCGACAUGACGGGCCUGGUGGCUGCCCUGGAAGCCCAGCACUGCUACAAGCACUGCUUCAAGCCAACCACGCUGCCUCUGGUGGCACCAGUGGCACCAGUGGCACCAGUGGCACCAGUGGCACCAGAGGAGGAGAAGGACACCGAGCGACCUUUCCAGCCUAAGAGCCUCAGAGUCAGCGUCGCCCACGCCGUUGGCCGCACAGCGCAGGCCAUCCUCGGCUUCGAGUUGGCCGGCCAGCGGCGGCAAGCGCCCAUCGAGCGGUUGAUGGAGGGUCCCUAUGGCCCAGCCCAGCUCUUGCGGCUGCCUUUACCACCCACCAUGGCCUCCUGGAUGGAGCUGACCUUGCUAUCUCAACUGGGAAAUGCCUGGCUUGUCUUGCACCCCGCCGUGGCCCAGUACAGGGUGGAGAUUGGAUCGCCCUCCGCACCGGGUCGGCUCGAGUUCCGAGUGUCUGGCCUGAGAGGUGCUUUUGACGAAGCCAGCAUCUGGAAGCAGCAUGAGAGGUAUUUGGAGGCUUUGAUCCAAGCGACCCUGUCGGCAAGGCCACCAGACCCCUUCGACUUCAUGGCUAAGCAAGUUUCGAGCUUGGAGCUGCAGGAUGACCAGGAUGACGGACUUCGCAGCUGCGACCUCCGCGUCCUCCGAGCCGAAGGGCUGCCCCCAGAAUCGUUGCUGGCGGUGCGCUGCGGGCAAGGCGAGAGGCGGCAGGCAUCGCUCUCCCACCUCUUGGAUGGCCGGAAGAGGCUAAAACUCUCCAGCGCCCCCGUCCUACAGGUCCAAGUUCUCCUUGAGGAGUCCGUAGCCUGCCUGCCUGCGUGCCCGAAGCUGCACGAGGUCCACUUCCCCAGGUGCGAGGAGAUCUUGGGGCUCCGUGUCAGAGUGACAUCCGACUGGAGCCCUUUUUGGCAGAGACCAAGGUCGGCCUCACAAGCCAGUGUGGAGCCGCCUCGUCUCACCGCUCGCGAGUACUUGUGCCAACACGGGCUCCUGGAUUUCGCUCAGGGCGUUCUACAGGAGCUGGUGCAGGCCCAGACCAGGGACCUGUUCAGCGCACUACGUAUCCUGGAGGCCAGGCUGCGCGCAAGAAGCGCUCAGGGUCGCCAAAGCCGGCAGAGCUUCCCAGAGGGACCCUCUCUUGAGCCCUCUCUCGUGUCUCACCCGCGAAGCCGCUGA